GUCGCUUGUAAACCGUUGUACAUGAUAUGUACAUGCCUUGCAAUUAACGAGUUGAAGAAGCAGUCGGCUUGCUCAACUUGAACCAAAAAACCCCAGAAUUGCGACCUGCCCUGAACAAGUGGACGUCGUUCCCAGCCGGACAUAGUUGCAAGUAACAGACGCGACAUGUGUCUAGCCUAUGUGACGGCGGGCCAAAGGGCCGCUUGCGGUGUUCGCGUGCGCCCCCAGCCAGCUCGGUUCCGCGGCGCUGUGGUACCGAGAGCCAAUGCAGGUCAAACCCCGGCAGUGACUGUUGAGGACACAUCGAACUCAGCUUUGCCUCCCGCUGGAAGCUCUGCAGCGCUUCGCACCAACAUGCAGUCGCGCUAUGAGCAGGCCUAUAGCAUGAGCCAGCUGUACGCGGCGGAGCGGCCCCCGCCCAUCCCACCCAGCGAGCAUGAGCGGCGGCGGAAGGUCAAGGACGUGCAGGAGGUGGUCGACGCGGGCCGGCGCAGGGGCCUGGGCGAAGAGCGCAUCCGCUCCGGCCUCACACAGCUGGACCGCCUGCUGCCGGGCGUGCUGUCGCUGCACCGCAUGAAGCCAGCAGACUGGGCUACUGUCGCCUCAGACAUCGACGGAGUGGCCGAGAAAAUCAUCAUCCUCAAGUCGCUGUACCCCACGGCGGACGUGUUCCGUAUCAUCUUCCGAAAGCCCAAGCUGCUGCUGCAGACGCCCAAGCGCCUGCAGGGGGACGGCGCAGCGAUCAUGCGGCUGCUGUCGUCCGCGCCCAAUCCCUGCGCCAUUCUGGAGGCAACUCCGGACCUGGUGGACCCGCUGUCGCUGUCGCGCUGCCUGGCGGCACUGGCAGCCUCCUACCCGGGCCAGAUUGGAAGACCCUGUCCAGCUGCUGCAGGCGCACCCCGACAUCCUGGCCAACAGCGGCAGCGAGGCGGCAGUGGAGCUGACGGCCGACUACGGCGAGCUGAGCACCAAGGACUGACUAGAGGACUCCCUCGACGUAUGGCGCCGCCGGGCGGAGGAGAGCAGGCGCGCAGGGGCAUUACCUGAUGCAGAUGCUCUGCCCGGGACAGUAGGCACGGCGGCUGCGUCCGCGCAGAGUUCCUGGCAACAAUAGCAGCAGCUGUGAGGGCUGUAACGACUGGCGGAGUCAUGCGGCGGGGGGGAUAUCAUAACUGGUCAAGGUGGUCAAGGUCUAUUUGCAGUGAAGGUCUAUUUGCUUUUGAGUGGUCUUUCUAUUUGCAGUGAAGGUCUAUUUGCAGUGAAGGCCUAUUUGCUUUUGAGUAUUGCUCUAUGUUUAGGACACUGUGGCAUCCUGUACGUUUAUCUGGGCGCUUCAUUCAGCUUCAUUGCGUCAAGCCAAUCGAGUUUUCACAGGUUCGAUUUUGUGGCGUGAGAGCCGCCUCACCCCGGUUAGUGCACGUGCUUGAGUGCUGUGCCACAGUCCAGGUGGAAGGGCAGCAGUCUGGGGGGCAGUGACGCAGGGCUGUCUGCACCAGGCAGGCAGGCAGGCACGGACAGGGGCGAUCCUGGGGGGCUUCGCCUCCCCCUGGAUCGCUUCGCUCGGGGGGCUCAGCCCAAAAAAAAGAGAGAAGCUGUGAGCAAUUGAGCGCUAGCUGCCUCCCACAGGGGUCGUACCUUGUUUUCAGGGCGCUUUUUGUCUGGGCACAUGGCGGUUUGGGGGCUUCUCCAUAGGAAUUCGGACAAAACCCGCCCCAAACCCGGGCCCAGGGUUGCCUAGUACGCGACCCUCUCUCCAUAAUACGCGUAUUAAUACAGCGUACUAGGAUUCCUAGUACAGUACGGUAAAAUACGGUGCAUAAUACGCUGGGCCAGGAAAUCCGGGGGGGAAGCCGACGCAAACACGGCACGCGUGCCCGCACCAUGCCCGAAUCGGUGUGAAUUUGGUGUGAAUUUGAAUUUGGAUUUGCGCGGUCAUAGUCUUCUAGCGGAAUUUCCUUCAACUUACUAUGCUCAUAUUGUUGUAAGAGAACACAGCUG